AUGGCCGAUAACUCAAAUCCUGCCACAGACCGGAAUGGUUCCAGCGACAAGAAACAACUCAUUCUCAAUGCCUUUGUCAUGAACACGCCCGGUCACCUGGCUCCCGGUCUCUGGAAACACCCCCGCAACAAGACAGACCAAUACAAGAAGCUCUCUUUCUGGACCGAGCUCGCCCAGUUACUAGAAAAUGCCGGUUUCCACGCAAUGUUUAUAGCCGACACCCUCGGACCCUAUGAUGUGUACAAAGGACCGGCCAACGUUGUCCCAGCCUUGGCCUCCGGAGCACAGUUCCCAGUCAACGAUCCGCUGUACCUCGUUCCAGCAAUGGCGCAAGCCACGAAGAACCUCAUUUUCGGAGUGACUGCAAGCUUGACCUACGAAAAGCCCUAUUCGCUGGCGAGACGCCUUUCCACGGUGGAUCAUCUGAGCGAAGGGCGAUUAGCCUGGAACAUUGUCACCUCAUACCUGGACAGUGCGGCCCGGAACCACGGCUUAGAGGAGCAGAUCCCGCACGAUGAGCGUUACGCGAUUGCACACGAGUACCUCGAAGUUCUCUACAAGCUCUGGGAAGGCAGCUUUAGGGACGAUGCAGUCUUGGCGGAUCGCAAGGCUGGGACGUACAUUGCCAGUGACGCGGUCAAGCAGAUCCACCAUAAGGGCAAGUACUUUGAUGUGCCUGGACCGCACUUCGUUGAGCCUUCACCUCAGCGAACACCCUUCCUCUUUCAGGCGGGUGUGUCUGAAGCUGGAAACGGCUUUGGUGGUAGACAUGGAGAAGCCAUCUUCAUCGGCGGCCAGACUGCGGAGGGUGUCCGAAAGACUGUCGAUAAUCUACGCAAGAUUGCGGCGGAGGCGGCCGAAGCGCAGAAACAAGAGUACCUGAAAUACGCGGACACCGAGGGUGCACUAGCUCUCUUCGGAGGGUGGACAGGAAUUGACCUUUCUGGAUAUCCAGAUGAUGAAGACUUCUCAGUGGCAGACUCUCCACGGAUUCAGUCCAUCAUCCGACGUUGGUCAGAUACCGUCCCUGGCACAGAUAAUCUCCCUUGGACCAAGCGAAGAAUUGUGGAAUACCUCAGUAUCGGCGGUCUAGGUGCCAAGAUAGUGGGUAGCCCUACCACAGUCGCCGAUGAGCUGGAGCGUUGGGUCGAGGUUUCUGACGUGGAUGGGUUCAACCUGGCGCACGUUACCAAUCCCGGUACUUUUGAGGAUAUCAUCGAGUACCUGCUCCCUGAAUUGCGCAGACGAGGAAUUUUCAGGUCCGACGUUGAGAAGCAGGGAGCUACGGCGAGAGAAGUAUUUAUUGGCUCGAAACGACUACCUGAGGAUCAUCCUGGAAGCAAGUACAAAUGGCGCGCUGGUGAGACAGAAUCGCCAUUCCUGAAGCAGAAUAAACAAGUGUCAGGUGCUUAA